AUGGAACACGAUGAAUACAGAUACGAUAAUAAUGUGAAAAAAAAUGGAGUCACUUAUUACAAAUGUAGUAAACGUACCCUACAUUUUUGCACGGGUACGAUGAAAAAGAUGCCAGAUGGAUCAUUAAUUGUUAUGCAACCGCAUUGCAAUCAUGAGCGUGAAAACAAUGAUAUGCAGUUAGUAGAUGAUCUUAAAAAUAUUUUAAAAAGAAGAGCGGCUUCAGACAGUGUACAAUUGAAGUUAAUUUACGAUGAAGGGUGCCGAAGACAUCCGUUGGAAGCAAACUUGUACCCAUGGUCUACUGCUGAAUCGCUAAUGCGCUUAGCUCGUAGAUCAUUAAUGCCUCCUUUACCAGACAAUUUGCUGCAACUGGCAAUCGUUUUUGAAAAUGGACAGUUACCAAGAUAUAACUGCUGUGAUGUAUCGAUAUUCAGAAAAGAACUCCAUGUAGAUGGUACAUUUAAGGUCGUUCCGGCUAGAAUGGGUUACCAAAUGUUAUCUAUUCAUGUUAUGAUACAAAAUUAUUCUUUACCAAUAAUAUUUGUAUUGAUGGAAGCGAAAACCAGAAACUCUUAUGACACCGUUUUCAGUUACAUUAGAAAUAAUCUUUUACCAAGAAUAUCACCCGCUAUAAUUGUUACCGACUAUGAAACAGCAUUGAGGGAUGUGCUCCAAUCAUAUUUUCCAGGAGCACGAACCUCAGGUUGUUGGUUUCACCAUAAUCAGGCUGUUUUGAAAAAUAUGAAGAGUAGGGGAUAUUAUAGGCUUAUAAAAACUAAUGAAAACGCAUUAAAAAGUCUAAAACUUUUAUUUGGAUUACCAUUACUGCCAGCUCAAGAUAUCGAGAGAGGUUUUAGAUUGAUAAAAAUGUUUGCGAUUAACCACGGUGUACCAAUGGAUGAUUUAUUCAACUAUUAUGAAAGGUAUUGGUUGCGCCGUGUAGGUGCUCAGAUCAUGUCAGUGUAUGGCCUUCCAAGGAGAACAAAUAACAAUCUUGAGAGCUUCCAUAACCAAUUAAGGUUGAAAUUCUCUGUGACACACCCUAAUUUAUGGAUAUUCUUAGGUAAAUAUAUCAAUAUUUAUUAA